AUGGUGGAAAUGUGGAAAGGGGAAGAGGAGCUGGAGGAAUGCGAAGAACAACAACAAGAAGGAGGACAAGAAGAGCAGGGAAAAGGACAGCAACAGGACCAGAACCCGGACCCGGAGGCCGUUGCUGUUUCUGUGGAGGAGAAGCUCGGGCGGCUUACUACAUGGCUAGAGAAGAUACAUGGGGAUGAGGCUGUUCCAGUGUUUGAAGUGGAUACACAGACAGUUGAUAUCUUGUAUGAUCUCGCAGAAUGCAGUGAAGCCAGAGACAGGGAUGUGUCUUUGCUGAUAGAGACCAUGAAGCAUAAGGCAACAGAAUAUGACAACGAAACUAAAUAUUUCCAGGAUGUUCUCUUAGAAGCCCUGGAUAUUUCCCCAAUCAAUCUGUCCGAGGAAGGCACCAACAACCUCAAUGUCCUGGUAGACAGCGCAGUGAUACUUAAAACAAAGGACACUUCUCUUGCCAGCUUCUUCUGUGCCAUCAAUGCCAUGUCUUCAGAGCUGCAUGCAACAAAAUUGAAAAACAAAAAAAUACAAUGGAAAUUGAGGAGACUCGGGACAAAACUAACUGAAAUGCUGAUGCUGGAAAAGAAGUUAAAUGAGGAUCUUAAAAAUGUAAAUGAACUUCUGGAAGCAGACAAGGCUGGAGAUGACAGUGUGUCGCAGGAUGCGCUGUUCAUGAAAAAGAAAUGUUGCCAUUUAGAAUUGGAGAUCAAUGAUGCUCAGAAGCAGCUUGCUACCAGGGCCUUGGACCAAGCAGAGACACAUGAGUCACUCGUGAACCUGUCUAAGGACGUGACUCUAAUGCAGGAUGAAGUUACGGCUUUGAAGAAGGAACUCGACUUCUACCUAGAUUUAACUCCUAAUUCUUACUUUGUAGACAAGAAGAUUGAAGAAGUAAAAAAAGAACUGGAUGCUGCAGAGGCAGAGUUCUCAAAGGAGAUUGAAAUGCUGAGUCUUCAGCUGCCAAAGCCUGGCAGAAUUUUCCACUGAAGUGGCCUGUGUGGCAGAAGAUUGACUUCUGUUUUCUAUUUAUUUGCACUACUAAACCAUUUUGGAAUUCUUACUCUACUUCUGCAGCUUUCUGCCUUACUCUUCUUGCUGUUGGAUGGCACACUUGGGACCUUCCAGCAAGCAUGUUCAUUUUUAGUAGUUCAUGUAGCCUUCUAUUUGUAAACAUCACCUAUUUUUCAUAAAAUAUCCCCCAAACUUA